UCAGCAGGUAGAGAGCGUGAUUGCAGUCCCAGGGGAGGGAGUCAGAGCUAGAACACCAAUUACAAACCACAGGCUUCCUCCUCUAGGGAGUUGAUCCAGAAUUGUCUUUCUGGAAGGGAAGCACUCGAAUCUUUCCGAACUUUCCAAGCCCAUCCAUGAUUCAGAGAUACUGCUUUCUCCCUCUGGGAUUUUCUGUGUUCCUGGUAGUGAAUUGUUGCUGAUGUAUUUGCUACUUUGCUCCUUUUCUCUCUCAAGAUUUGAUCAUUUUAUAUGCUGUUCGGGGAGAAAAAGAACUUUUGUUAGAAAGGAGAUUUCAGAAAUGAUUUUGGAUCCUUUAUAAGUGCUUUUAGAGUCUUGGGAACAGUAGCUUUAACCCUGGAGUAAAUGUUUGCCUUUGACCUGCAUGGAUUAUUUUUUCAGGCUGCGGAAUUUCUCGGCACCUACCUACAGUGUGGGGCACUUGGUUUGGUUGCAGUGUAAGAAGGUGGAAGAAUGAGCUGUACUUGGUUAAGCAGUUGAAACCUUUUUUGAGCAGGACCUAUAAAAGCAUAAUUGAAUUUGUUUCACCCCCGUGGAUUCCAGUGGGCCCGACAGCGCAACAGGUUUGCAGAUUUCUUUUGAAAUUCUUAUUUUUCUCCCUCUGCCUCAGCAAAAGAAAAGGAUCUAUGUAACAGGUUCAUGUUCAAUUGCUUGGCUUUUCAGCACUUUUUCUGAAGACUUUAUAAGACUUUUUAACUUGACCUCUGAACACGGCGGGCUUUAUGGUUGAAGUGCAUUUAUAUUUACUUAAGGGUGCACAUUUUAAUAUCUUAGAACUCAGAUUUUGUUUGUACAAAGACCCAAAUUCUCAAGUGUGCCUAGAAAUAGCACAGAUCUACUCUACUCAGGCUUAUUUAUACUUUUUCAGGGUGUUCUACUUAGAGCCUGUAGACUAAUCACCUCCCUACUCCCCCUAUCUUUUAUUCCCCGCCCCCUCAAGGAAUUUGAAAACGUGUUAGGAAUGGUCCUUUGUUUUACUUAUGAACCUAGAAAAUUACAGAUUAUAAAAUCUGGAUAAUAAAGUAGUUUCCAAAAUCAUCUCAUGGGAAAUCAAAGUACUUGACAUUCUCAAGCAGGAGAAUAAAAGCUGGAAUCCCUAACAGAGAAAGGAAAAUAAAGAUAGAAAUAUCAAUUUUAACUGGGAAAAAUAAUUGGAAAGCUAAACUUUUCAAAUAUUCUUUGAAUUUUGAAAGUUGGAAAAAGCGGUGAUACUCAUGAUUAUCCUGUAAUAUGUGAAGACAUAUAAAUUAGCAUCUAAUUUAUAGACAAAUUUAGGUAGAACAUUAAAAAUGAUAGUAUAUUUAAGUUCAUGAAAAGUAUUAUAAAUUCAAUGGGUCUAGAACUUUGGCUACCCUAAAAUACAGUUUAAUGUGGAAACUUUUAUGAAUACGUGUUAUAGCAUCUUUGGACAUCCCUCACGGUGUGGCCUGAAAUAUAUUGUACCCUCUCCUUCUCCAUUAAAACAAAAAUCCUCCUAUGACCAUUGACAAGUUUUGUGGCUUAAAAAGGACCAUCUCUUCAUUUUCCGAGCUGGCGUGUUUCACUCUCACCUUCAGUGCAUGGCUUUAGUUGUUUACUUUGCCUUGUUUUGUUCAUUAACAUUGGAUUUAGUGGCUCAGCAACUUGAUGCAUAUGGAAGACCAGCACCAAGUGAUCUGACAUAAUAAAAAUUCAGAAUGUGACAUUCAACCUCAAGCCAAGUUGGAAAUUCCAAACAGAAGUGGUGAUAUCUUUACUAAUCAUAGUGAAGAUGGGAGAAAAUGACAUCCCUGCAGCAGAAGUGGGCUGAAAACACCUUCUUCUCUGCCAGAUCAGGAAUGCCACCUGUUCUUGGGAAUAUACUUUAGAGAAAGGAAGAGCCAAAACUACGACUUGGCUUUCAGAAACUGAAGCAUAAAUUCUCUUUUCCUCCAUAUUUGUCUGGAUCUGAGAACCUGCAUUUGGUAUUAGCUAGUGGAAGCAGUAUGUAUGGCCGAGGUGCAUUGCUGCAGCUGGUAGCAUGAGUGGUGGCCACCAGCUGCAGCUGGCUGCCCUCUGGCCCUGGCUGCUGAUGGCUACCCUGCAGGCAGGCUUUGGACGCACAGGACUGGUAUUGGCAGCAGCGGUGGAGUCUGAAAGAUCAGCAGAGCAGAAAGCUAUUAUCAGAGUGAUCCCCUUGAAAAUGGACCCCACAGGAAAACUGAAUCUCACUUUGGAAGGUGUUUUUGCUGGUGUUGCUGAAAUAACUCCAGCAGAAGGAAAAUUAAUGCAGUCCCACCCCCUGUACCUGUGCAAUGCCAGUGAUGAUGACAAUCUGGAGCCUGGAUUCAUCAGCAUUGUCAAGCUGGAGAGUCCCCAACGGGCCCCGCGCCCCUGCCUGUCACUGGCCAGCAAGGCCCGGAUGGCAGGGGAGCGAGGAGCUAGUGCGGUCCUCUUUGACAUCACUGAGGAUCGAGCUGCUGCUGAGCAGCUACAGCAACCCCUGGGGCUGACUUGGCCAGUGGUGUUGAUCUGGGGUAAAGAUGCCGAGAAGCUGAUGGAGUUUGUGUACAAGAACCGAAAGGCUCAUGUUAGGAUUGAGCUGAAGGAGCCCCCAACCUGGCCAGAUUAUGAUGUGUGGAUCCUCCUGACGGUGGUGGGCACCAUCUUUGUGGUCAUCCUGGCUUCAGUGCUGCGCAUCCGAUGCCGCCCCCACCACAACAGGCCGGAUCCCCUUCAACAGCGAACAGCCUGGGCCAUCAGCCAGCUGGCCACCAGGAGGUACCAGGCCAGCUGCAGGAGGGCCCGGGCUGAGUGGCCGGACUCAAGUAGCAGCUGUAGCUCAGCCCCUGUGUGUGCCAUUUGCCUGGAGGAGUUCUCUGAGGGCCAGGAGCUACGGGUCAUUUCUUGCCUCCAUGAGUUCCAUCGUGUGUGUGUGGACCCCUGGCUACAUCAGCAUCGGACUUGCCCUCUCUGCAUGUUCAACAUCGUAGAGGGUGAUUCAUUUUCCCAGUCCCUGGGACACUCUCGAUCUUAUCAGGAACCAGGCCGGAGACUUCACCUCAUUCGCCAGCAUCCCGGCCAUGCCCACUACCACCUACCUGCUGCGUACCUGUUGGGCCCUUCCCGGAGUGCAGUGGCUCGGCCUCCGCGAUCUGGUCCCUUCCCAACCUCGCAGGAGCCAGGCACAGGCCCCCGGCACCACCGUCUCCCCAGAGCCGCACAUCCUUGGGCUCCGGGCGAGCAGCAGCGCCUGGCGGUGGCCCAGCAUCCCUAUGCGCAGGGCUGGGGGCUAGGCCGUCUCCGAUGCACCUCGCAGCACCUCUCCGCUUGCCCAGCACCCCCACGCAGGGCCAGGCCUCACGACAGCAGCGGUUCUGGAGAAAGCUACCGCACGGAACGCAGUGGCUACAUGGCAGACGGGCCAGCCAGCGACUCCAGUUCGGGGCCCUGUCAUGGCUCUUCAAGUGACUCAGUGGUCAACUGCACGGACAUCAGUCUGCAGGGCAUCCAUGGCAGCAGUUCUACCUUCCGCAGCUCCCUGAGCAGUGACUUUGACCCCUUGGUGUACUGCAGCCCUGAAGGGGAGCCCCGGGGGGAGGAGACCCAGCCUAGUGUGACCUCUCGGCCCCGUUCUUUGGACUCAGUGGUACCCACAGGAGAAACCCAGGUUUCCAGCCACGUCCACUACCACCGGCACCGGCACCACCACUACAAAAAGCGCUUCCAGUGGCAUGGCCGGAAGCCUGGCCCAGAAACUGGGUUGCCCCAGUCCAGGCCUGCCAUUCCUCGGACACAGCCCCAGCCAGAGCCGCCUUCCCCUGAUCAGCAAGCUGCCAGAUCCAACCCAGCUGCCCCCUCAGGACAGCUCCCCAAUCCACAGCGGCCCAAGGCCCUCGUCGAAGCAGCCGCAGGCCCAGCUGAUGCCUCCAGUCCCAGUCCCAGCAGCCUCUUCCACUUGCAGAAAUCCAGCCUCCCUGUUCGACAUCCACAGAGGAAAAGGCGAGGGUGCCUCUCAGAGCCCCCCCCAGCCUCUCGGCCCCAGGACUUGACUGCACACCCAACUUGCCAGGUUUUCCCCCAUUAUGCUACCAGCUUGGCAUACCCUUGGUCCCCAGAGGCCCAUCCAUUGAUCUUUGGACCUCCAGGCCUGGAGAGGAGGCUGCUACCAGAAACCCCAGGCCCUUGUUACCCAAGUUCACAGCCAGUGUGGUUGUGUCUGACUCCACGCCAGUCCCUGGAACCACACCCACCUGGGGAAGGGCCUUGUGAAUGGAGUUGUGGCACCCUGGAGGGCAGGUCAUGCCCUUACCCACACUGCCAGGUGCCGCCAGCCCAGCCUGGCUCGGAGGAGGAGGAGCUUGAGGAGCUGUGCGAACAGGCUGUGUGAGAUGCGCAGACUUCGCUUCAACCAAGUGUGCUCCGGCUGACCUGGGGGCCCUGUAUGGCACAGAGUCAUGCUCCUGAGAGAAGAAAGGACCUCGGAAAACACCCCUCUUUUUUGCUAUACUUCCUGGAACCUCUGGAAGAGGGGUGGUGAUGGUGGGGGGGGGCAGGAAGUGUUCCCUGCUCCCAGCUCUGGACCCUGCGUGCAGAACGCAUUUGCAGGGCAGCAAGUCUGUGUCCAGCCUGGCAACUAGCUACUGCCUAUGUGGGCUGGCUCCUUAAGGGGGGAGCAGGAAGCUAGGUGUGGGUAGUUAGGUGUUGAAAAGGUGCUGCUCCUUUCCCCAGACCCUGCAGGUCUUCCUCAUCCCAAGUCUCAUGUGCAUACCUGCCAAUGGGUCCUUCUUACCUCCUUUCUUGGGUGAGUCCUGCACACCAGCUUUGACUCCUCGGUAAAGCUGCUGCAUCAGCAGCAACCUGGCUCUUAUUUUCCUUCUUUGCAAAAGGAUCAAGAACAUAGGUGAGGCCUGAGCCCUAAAAAGGGAAGCUCUGCAGCUUCUCCAGGCAGUGCCUACCCUGGUGCAUAAGGGAGAAUGUUUUUCCCUUCUUGUUCUUAAUUGUCAGAUCCCCUCUAUUAAGUCAGAGGGGAGACUGUGGGAAGCCAGGGUGUGGAGUCGUGUCCCAGCACCAUGUUCUGGCACCAUGAAGAACCUGGGAUGGACACUCUGACUUUCAAACUCCCUUCUCUCUCCAGCAACUCCCAGUUCCUCUGGGUAUUGGGGGGGGGGGGGGCGUGGCAGUGGGGAGGGAAUAAUUCUUUUCUAGAGAUUGCCUAUCUCCAAGUCCCAAAGUAGAUGGAAAGAAAAGGAUUUCUGAUGAACUCCGUCUAGAAAAGGGAGGAUGGAAUGAAGGUAGAAAAGGCAGAAUUACAGCUGAACAAGGACAACGAUGAAUCUGGGGGUCUUCUCUCAGAGCAGGGAUGGGAAACGGGAGAACAAAGGAAAAGCAAGGUGGGACAUUUGGGUUUAGAUGGCCCCAAGGCCCAGCUUCCCAUUAUAAGCCAUAUAGGCCAGGGAUGCCCAGGAAGGUGUGCAUGCAGGAUAUCUGGCCUGGGUAGCUGGUACUGAGUGGCAAGGGCUGAGGGGCCUCCUGACGGUGACAUUCACCCCAGGGCAGCUUGACCAUUGCUGGCUCCUCAGACAUUAUCCCAUUUGGAAUGUGAAUGUGGGAGCAAAGUGGGCACAGGACCCUACCUGGGAAUCUUCUUCCCUCAAAGUCAGUGGGGAACUAGCACCUACCGAAGCACCCACAUGGGUAUUUAUAUCUGAACCAGACAGAAAGACGCUUGAAUCAGGCACUAUGUUGAGAAAUGUAUUUAUUUGCUAAUAUAUUUAUCCAUAAAUGA